CUUGAGGUUUUUUUUAGGUGGUUUACAGAUCGCUCUCCGACUCUGGCGCUCACCGCACAAGAGCCCAUAGAUGCAGUUGUUUUCCUUUCUCUCUCUCAUUUUUUUGGAGGAACAGUUCUCUGUCUCCCUCGCCUCCCGAACUCUGUGCGUAAGUGGGUGUGUCGAUGAGUAGCUUUUUGCGCACUCCGAAAAAGAGGAAAAAGUUCAUUAUGAGUUUAGUUUGAAACCUGCCCUGAGGACCAGUAUGGCUAUCUGGACUCGAGCGGACAAAAAUGGUCAGCUGGAUCUUUUGCUACGGGACCGCUGGAUUCGGGUAACGGCUGAGCUGACCCGUGAAACUCUAGCUUUGACGUCUGAAGCAGAUUUAAGUAGUCCGGGUGGUAACUUGGAUUACAAUAAUUCAUCAUCUGGCCUAAGAAAUUGUUUGUCGAACGGCGGCGAACCUGGAUUAGCAUCAGGAACUCCGAACCGAAGCCAGAACUCGGACAUCCACCCCAACCACGGGGCUUUAAGGCGAAGUGAUAGCCCAGCGCGGGGGGCGCUCAGCCGAGGUCAUUACGACAACAGCGGCAGCUACGGCUUCAACAGUCCCGGUUCUGGCAAGUUCAGUCGCGAUAACGGAGCUAACUCAGACUUUGGAAGUCCUGGGUCCAGUUAUGGUAGCCCUGGGUCUAGUUUUAGCUCACGGCAUGGUGAGACGCCAAAUAGUUUCGAAGCUGGUGGGUCGGAGGCAAUACGGAAAGUCAGAGUUGUCAAACAGGAGUCGGGUGGUUUAGGUAUCAGUAUCAAGGGUGGUCGAGAAAACCGAAUGCCCAUCCUCAUAUCCAAGAUCUUUCCCGGGCUUGCUGCGGACCAGAGUCGAGCUCUACGGGUCGGCGAUGCAAUUUUGUCCGUCAAUGGCAAUGACUUACGUGAAGCCACACACGACGUGGCGGUGCAGGCGCUUAAAAAGGCCGGAAAGGAGGUUACGCUCGAGGUGAAGUACAUCAGAGAGGUGUCCCCCUUGUUCAAGAAGCCAUCCAUGGUGGCAGACCUGCCCUGGGAAGGGACUCGCUCCCACUCCCCCAGCUUCAGCGGCGAUGAGUUACCCAAACACGGCCCUAGCACCAAGGACAGGAAGGUCAUCCCGCUGAAGAUGAGCUUCAUCACCCGCAACCUCACCAUACCAGACCUGGAGAACAGGCUGCUGGAGCUGCACUCCCCGGACGGCCAGCACACGGUGGUGCUGCGCUGCAAGGACGCCGCCUCGGCCCAGGCCUGGUUCACCGCCACUCACACCAACAUCGCCGCCCUGCUGCCCCAGACGCUGGCCCACGUCAAUGCCUACCUGAGUGUCCCCAGCACCGCCACGCACCCCCAGCUCAAGCACAUCGGCUGGUUGGCCGAGCAGAUCCAGUUGGAUGGUGGGCGGAUGCAGUACCGCCCGGUCGUCAUGGCGCUGACCGAGAAAGACAUCCUGUUGUUCGACUCGGUGCCCUGGAGCCGCGAGGCCUGGUCCAACCCGCUGCUCACGCACCCUAUCCUCGCCACCAGGCUGGUCCACUCGGGCAGCUCCCAAGGGUCCCCGGCACUGGGGGCAGACCUGGUGUUUGCCACGCGGACGGGCACAAGCCGCGGCAUUGAGUCGCACAUGUUCCGCGUGGAGACCCACUGGGACCUGUCGUCGUGGACACGGGCCCUGGUGCAGGGUGGGCAUGCCGCAGCAGAACUGAUCAAAGAAGUGUCAAUAGGCUGUGUGUUGAACAGGCAAGAGGUGCGAUUGACCCUGCACUAUGAGAAAGGCUUCACCGUGAGCCGGGAGCCAGCUGACCCAGCCGGGGGUAUGGUCCUCUACCGCUACCCGUACGAGAAGCUCAAAAUGUCCGCCGACGAUGGGGUCCGCAAACUCUACCUGGAGUUUGGUGGUCCAGAGGGGGAACUGGUGUUUGACCUGAGAUCAGGGCCAAAACCUGUGGUGUUCGUGCUCCAUUCAUUCCUGUCAGCGAAACUCACUCGCAUGGGCCUACUGACGUGAAUCAGGACCACAGGAGCUCUGCUUCUCCAUUCCUUUUUAUAUAUAUACAUAUAUGUCUUGAUAUCAACACCAUCUAUCACCGCCUUCCAUUUUAUGUAGAUUUUUUUUUUUUUUUUUAAACAAAUUUUGCUUUCUUGUAAUGUCAGUGUAAGGGUGUCAUUGUGUGUGUGUUUGUGUGUUAAGAGGAGUGUGUCUCUCUGAAUGCUUCAAAAUGCCUGUUUUGUUAUUCACAAGGAGCUGUGAUUGUGUGUGUUGUCAGUGGUAGUGUGAGCUUGCGAGCACCCUCAGUAGCACGAGUGAGCUCAUCUUUCCAUUUUUAGCAUAUUAUAUUCAAAUGUGACUGUUAUCAGGAUUACCAAAUGUGCCUUGUUUUAGUGCUAGUGAAAAAAAUCUCUUCUAACUUUUUCCAGUCUUUUAAAAGGUCAUAGAGGCUAAAGCAAAGCUAGCUUUGAAAAAAAGAAACACACACACACGUUUUAUCUUCCUAUAUUCUGUAUUUAUGUUUUGUUCCUUUUCAUGUUAGGGCACAUCGAGUAUAGUAUUGUUUAAGAGAGAGUCAGGUAUGCUGUAGCGUUUCGAGCUUGAGCUGCCUUUAAACCCUUACUGGCAUAGCCUAUACUUGCCUGUGCUGUGCUCAGUUCCCAUGUUAUGCAGUGAAUGGUUCGUGUUAGUGAAGAUAAAAGGGGGGGGGGGCUGUACGGCAGUCAUCAGUCAGUGCUGCAGUAAGGGGUAGAAAACACCUGGAACUUCUUCCCCAAGCCAAAAGGUCAUUUACUUUUACAGUCCCUUGCAUGACUGCCAUCACCAUCCAUGAUCCGUCUUUGCCUUGUGUCAUUGCAUUUGAACUGAUCCCACGCUAAUGACUGUGCAAUCACCCAGUACAGGGGGAAUUGCAUAAGGGAUACUGUUGGACUAUGGACUAUGUGUAAUUGUGUGUGUAGGUGCAUGGAUAUGUGUACUUGUGUGUGUGUGUGUGUGUGUCUGUGUGUGUGUGUGUGUGU